CGCCUCCAUACCAAAUCCAAUACUCCCAUACAUCGAAUACUGUAAUCAAGCAAAAAUACCUCUAUAUUAGAAAUUAGCUGAAAACCUACAGCCCAAUGCUACAGCGGAUUGGUCCCAAUGCUAAUAUUCUCCGAUAAAAACUGGCGAUAGUAAUUCAUUAUUUGCUAUUGUGGGUGGAAUUAAAACAGAACCGUCAGUCCUGUUUCUGUGUUUAUAAUCAAAAACAAGGCCUAAAGAGUGUGUGUAUAUGUGUAUACCCCAUGCUCAUUUCUUCGAGUACCCGUUCUCUUCGUUAACAAAAAGCUUUUAUUUAUUUUUACACUUGGCAAGAUAUAUUGAUUAAGUUGGAUCGAAAGACUGUACAAGACUGACGCGGUGCUAAAUCUCCAACUUGAAAGUGAACAAUUGGUCUUUCCGUAGCGUAAAUUAAUAAUUGCAUUUUUUUCUCUAAAAUAAAACUAUUUUGCCGGUACUAACAGUUUGCACUGUGUUGGAAGAGGAUCAGGGACUUUUCCAUGAAGAGUGUAUUGUCCAAGCAUUCACAGACUGGAUAUAACAGAAAGAAGAGUUUAAUGAUUCUUCUGUAGGACUAAUCUCUGUGGAGACUUUUUAUGUCUUGUUCGGAUUGUCAUGCAUGAAAUGUCCGAUUAGUGAACUCAGAGAAAUGUAGAGAUUGUUUACCGAAAAAAAAUCGCACAGAUCUGUGAUACAUAAAUUUUUCUGGAAGAUUUUAAUUGAAAACCUGUCAUAUUUUUAGCAAAACAUAGCAAGGAAGGAUAUGAAGAAAUUUCUUUAAACUUGAAAAAAUCGCAACUUUUAUGUAUUUUUUAUGGGGAUGUCAUUUGCUCAACGAUUUAUUUCUGUGAGGUGAAACCACAAUCCAAAUGGUUUUACACAAUUCAUUUAAAAUUCAAGGAUGGAUACUUCUUUUCUAUUUUCGGGGUGUGGUUGGCCUAUACUUCACUCAGGAGUCCUACGUAUUCAGCCCGGCGGACUCGGUAAUAGGACAGGUAAUAGCACUACCGAGUAUUACCUCACCCCCAGAAUGUCACCAGUCCUCGGUGGGGUACCGUAUCCGGACCGUCAGUGACGUGGCUAUCUCGUUACAAGUCGAUCAAAGGGGAUGGAUACUAGCCAGCUCAACCUAUAAAGGGAAAGGCGACUUCUACUUUAAUGUCAGCGCGGAGUGUGGCUCCGGAACCAAACGGGAACGUGCUGACGUCACAGUUAACGUAAUGAAUGGCGGUACAUGUGAACUGCAAAAUCUGUCGUCUGCGAACAAUUCCAAGCUCCGAAGCAUAACCAAAGAUUUGUGUUUUCAAAAGCAAAUUUUCAACUUGUAUAUCGAGGAGAGAAAAAGAAAUGGGGUCGUCGGCUACUUGUCGAAAUGUGUUCAGAAUAUUUCUGGGAACGGAGUUCAAAGAUUUUAUGCCAUUGCUUCAGAUAUCUUUCUCAUCGACAAUGUGACAUCGGAAAUUCGUCUACUCCGAGAUUUAGACCGGGAACAGGAUACAGACAUGAUCAAACUUGAUGUCAAAUGUGACAUUAACUUUAUGAAGAAAGACAUCAACUAUGUGAAUGAGGGCAUGAUAAACGUACACGUGGCAGACGUUAACGAUAACCCGCCAAUGUUUCACAACACGUUGACACAGCAGAUAAACGCGGGAAAAUUGAAAGAAGUAGAAGAGGUUAUUGUCGAUAAAGAUACCCGGGAUUUUUCCAAACAUGAAAUCAAAGUUCUGGAAGGUCAGGAAUUCUGUCACCCCCUCCCCGUGCACUGCUUCCAAGUGAAACCUGAGAAAACCAUCUGUAAUUGUUUCCACACCGUCUGCCGACUUGAAGUCAAUAUUACCCGCCCAGAAAACGAGAAAAACGACAUUGAUCACAAAUGUUUAGUGCAAGUGCGUGAUCCAGCCAUGCUUCUUAUGUCGGACAAUCCUAACAACGCAGCCAAUCUGACUAUUAUUAUUCCAUCAGAGAAAUCCCGUGUACCAGUGAGGGAAUCUCCAGACAUAUUUUACGCCACGAUAUCAAGAAUGGCUUCAAGACUUGCAAAGGUCAUAGAAUUUCCAAAUCCCGAUAAAGGGGCAUUCGCUUUGUCCAAAGGUUCCAAUGACGCUUUUGAUGUGACGUUCUCUUCCGGAAUAGUUUAUGUCAAUGACGUCACAAAGUUACGGAAGUUAAACUCUCAGGUGAACUUGACAAUUGAGCACACGUUUCACCGGCUCACUCUUGUUUUGAAUAUCGAGGGACCGUAUGUACCUGUCGACGACUAUCUCUGCAAUGUUACUUGUGCAAGUUACAUGGACGAAAUAUCGUGUAACAAGGGUUGUGGGGUCGGUUCCGGAAACGGGAAAUGUCGCUGGCGAUCCGGGGACGAAAGGGGGUAUUCCCGGAAGUUUUCCACUUGCGUCUCUGACCUGACUACGUGUACAGACCACAUGUGUGAUGACCGAGAGUCUCUCGAUAUCCUCAUCUGUCCGCAGGACUGCACGACAGCUACAAUAAGAGGGGAGGGGUUUUUGAACACUAACUACAACCCUGCUCGGGGCAUUGACUCGGGGACCAGUCCUUGUUGGUGUAACUAUGCCGGGGAGUGUUCCUGUUUCAGACCUUCGUCUUUCUCAAAAGUGAUUCCUACAUCCCACAUUACGUCAAAGGUGGAGAAGAAGCCCCCAGUCAGAGUCAGGAACCCAGAAACUACGACCGGAAGACUGGAUUUCUCCGACUACCCGUUUACACCAAAAGUCUCUUCCUCUACAGCCCAGUCUCAGAGUAACUCGGGUAUAGGGUGCGACUGGCACUGCCGCACAACCAUUGCCGCUGUCACAGGCUGUGUGGGCGCCCUCAUCUGCGUCAUAGUCUUAACAUGGCGAUUGCGACGGCUCCAUUGUCACGCGGGUCAAACUCUCAAACACGUGGGCAGUGCUGCGUCUAUUUCCGGUGUCCCUUCGGAAUACCAUGAGGAUUAUCGGAUUCCACACACAUCCCCGCAAUGGUCCCCAAAACGAUCACCAGAUUAUAAUAUGGCCAGUGAGGAUCACAAAUGGGAGUUUCCUCGUGACAAAUUGAAACUGGACGAGACCAUAGGGGAGGGGGAGUUUGGGCGCGUUGCGAAGGCCAAAGCGUUCGGAAUGGACGGUCCAGAGGGCUACAAGUGCGUGGCUGUCAAGAUGCUGAAAAACUGUGAUUCAAACGGUGAAUUACAGGAUUUAUUAUCGGAGUACAACCUUCUUAAGGACAUUGACCACCCAAAUGUCAUCAAGCUGCUAGGCGCAUGCACCAGAAAUGGUCCCUUCUAUGUGAUAGUGGAGUACUGCGAGCACGGCUCCCUGCUGCAGUAUUUAAGGAACUCAAGGCUGGAGGAGAACGGCUACAUUAAUCACCGUUGCAGACGAUACUUCAGGUCGCAGUCAGAGAGCGGGAACUCCACGGAGCCAGAGCUCCUGAACAUCAGAGACCUGUUGUCGUUUGCUUGGCAAAUCUCAAAAGGAAUGCAAUAUCUCAGUGAAAUCAAGCUUGUACAUCGGGAUCUUGCUGCAAGAAACGUUUUGGUUGGUACCGGCAAGGUUCUGAAGAUAUCCGAUUUCGGUCUUACCAGAGAUGUAUACGAAGCAGACACAUAUCUCAAAAGGAGUAAAGGUAGAAUUCCAGUGAAAUGGCUAGCACCAGAAUCGUUAUAUGCCCAGGUGUACACAACUCAAAGUGACGUGUGGUCGUUUGGUAUUGUAUUGUGGGAGAUUGUAACACUAGGAGCCCCGCCCUACCCCGGUGUCCCUCCAGAGAGGUUAUAUAACCUGCUGAUAGCGGGGUAUCGGAUGGACCGGCCGGAGGGCUGCUCCGAUGAACUGUAUGCAGUGAUGCAGAAAUGUUGGAAAGCAGAUCCAACGGACAGGCCAGUAUUCUCUAGUCUAACAGGAAUCUUCGAUGGAAUGCUUCAACAGAGAACUGAAUAUUUGGAGCUUACCGGAGGAUUUGAGAAUGUUGAUACAGAUCUCUUUGACAUGUGCCCAGAUGCCAAUGCUAUUUAUUAUGCAGUUGACAGUCGACGAGAACCACCUAUUUCCAGGGAGAGGAAGGAAGUGGGAGUGGGUACAAAGGACCAGGUGGGCAGUGGAGACCCUUAUCUGACGCCGGCAUCCCGGAGUGACGUCAUCAACCAGAAGUGCAAUGAACUCCAGUGUCCGUCGGAGUGUAGUGUUCAAAAUGAUGAGAAUGUCGCAUUACUGCUAGAAUGUCGAACGGCGGUGUUCUCAAAUUCGCUAGAAAGUGAAGACGAAGACAUGCCCCUCAAGCAACCUUUCCAAGCCGUCGCGUAAUGGUUGAUGCUAAAACACUGGGAUUUCUUCAAUUGAUAUAAAAGCUGGAUAAUUACUGUGAGCUUGUUUGCUGACUAGUCUAUUUGUUAAAAGCGAAAAUAGGUUCAAAUUCAUGUGAAACCUUGUUACAUACGUCACAUUUCUGGGAGUGGACACAUUUUGAAGGAGUGAUUUCCCCUAACAUGUUGCACAAUACGUUUGUGCAUGUGAUGCCUAUUCUUAGAUAUUAACCUCCAAAAACUCGUACAUGAUUGUCCUACUUUUCGCUGGUACUUUGAAUUUCUCUUUGCAGUAUUCAUGCAUUUGUUUAAUGGAUGAUCAUGUUUAUUGUAUCUGAAAGAUGAUAUCACAAAAUGUAAUUAAUCAUAUAUUGAUUAUUUGAUUUCAUAUUGUGAACCAACAAUUCCACACCGAGACUGUUAAAUCAGCAAGGACUGAAUUACAUAGAGUUCAGCAUCCAUACACGAGAUAUUACAUUGUUUGAUUAGUGUAGCUGCUAUAUAUUGGCGACUGUUAUUUGGUCAAGUCAAAUUUUGUCAGCUGUCCGUGUUUUGAAUUUGUGUCAAUUUUUUUUUAUCAGUGCAAGGUAUUGGUCCUUUAUUUAUAUCUUCUCUUUUUUUUUCAAGUUUUAUUAUUUUUAACUGUUGUUUACGAUGGCUAUUUAAAAAGGACCACCCACUGUUAAGUGGCCGUGGUAAAGAAGACACAGGGUCGUUAUUCAUUGUGACUUCUUUGGGGGUGACAAGUUUACCCUUGGUGAAUGUUGAAAAUAAGAGGAGACUGCUUCUGGACAUCUCCUUUUUGUACAUUGAAUGUUUUGUUACCAUUUUGAAUAUUUUGCAUGUUGUUUCUCGCAAUUUUGACAUGCUUAUUGUACAUAAUUGAUCAGUUGUUACCCUAUGGUUGGUAGAAUAACUUUGAUGAGCGUUAUUUGAAGUUUGUGUUACGUGUAUGAGAGAGAGUAAACAUCUAAAUCAUCAAUAUAUCAUUGUUCUUUCAUGAAAUAAUGAAGUAUCAUAGAAUUGAUGUACUCGAACA